AUUACUUCCAUGCAAGCAACAUCAUCACCAAUCACGCACUAUUUUUUUUAUUUUGUGAGAAGAUUGUUGGAUUUUGGCUAAAUAUUUGCGUUGAUAAUCUCGAGUUUACGCGUUAUAUGAAAUACAUACUCUUGUUUUAAUAGAUUCAUCAUGGAGUCUGAGGUAAUAAAGGAAAAGAUUCACACAGAACCGAUGCUAAAUGAUCCGCGGUAUAUAACCUUACUGAGUGUAAUAGUUCUUCUUUUUACUUUGGUAUUCUGGUGGUUUUUCUCAAGAAGGCGCCAACUUCGCAAGUCUGUGUUGUUGAUGGGCCUCUCGGAUUCUGGUAAAACUCUGUUGUUUGUGAGGCUCGCAUACUCCCAGUACAGACAGACGUUCACAUCUAUGAAGGAGAAUGUUGAGGAGUAUCUUACUUCUAAUAAUGCCUUCAAAAUAGUAGACUUGCCUGGUCAGGAGAGGCUAAGAAAUAAAUUCUUUGACCAAUACAAAAAUAGUGCUAAAGCUAUUGUCUAUGUCAUAGACUCGGUCACCAUUCAGAAGGAGAUUAGAGAUGUUGCUGAGUACCUAUACACUGUGCUAUCUGAUCCAACGAUCCAGAGUUACAAUCCCCCACUGCUGAUCCUGUGUAACAAACAAGACCAGCCGCUGGCUAAGGGCAGCCAGGUCAUCAAGAGUCUGCUGGAGAAAGAAAUAAACCUAGUCCGCGUCACAAAGUCGAGUCAGCUGCAAUCAGUGGAUCCAUCCCAGGGCAACAACGCUGCCUACAUUGGCAAGAUGGGUAAAGAUUUCGAGUUCUCUCACCUCAACUGUCGCGUAGACAUUGCUGAGAGCUCGGCCAACACUGGCGAUGACGACACACCCGCAGACAUUAAUACUCUGCAAGAUUGGAUCUCUAAAUUGUAGUUUUAACUUCAAAACUUCACUCUUCCAUUCUUCUCUAUAUUAUCUGUAUCUUUUCGCAAUAGCUAUGAACAAAACGUCAAACGAACUUGGCGGGAAAUGAACGCGUUUAAGUUUGUCAAAGUACAUAAAAUAUUUGCAAAUGAUAUAGUGGAAACGCUUCUUAAAUUCUCUUAAUUUUUUUGUUUUGUGUAAUUUACUUGUUGAAAUAAACUUUGUGAUUUGGAAUGUGCUGAAAGGGUAAUGAGUAUGCAUUUAUUAUAAAUGGAUGUUAAAAAUGUCCAUAAUUGAAUAUUUUUAUGCUAAGAUAUCCUUGUAUGGGUAUUCCAUGAACUGCAUUUGAUGAAGUAAGUAUGUACUGCUAUUGAAAUAUUUUAUUAUUGUCAAGGAUUUUUUAUAAAUAAAGCUUGACUGAUUUUUUA